GUUCUGUUCAAAAAGAGCCAUUUUAAAACAGGGCUCUGAAUUGCAACGAACAGAUUCUUUUUGUGGUGCAAUUCAAAAAGAUUAUCCAAUUCAUUACUAACACAAAUCAAAAUAUGGAUGUAUCUGAAAUACAACUUGAUACCGCGGCCACGGUAGAAAAAGAUAUCGUAGAAUGCGAGGAGGGGCUGGAAGAGGAGGAAGAUAUAUUCUUUCAAGACAUAGAGAUGCUAGCAGAUCACAACAUCGCCAUGGAGGACAUAAACGAGCUCAAAAAGAUUGGGAUAAACACAAUAAAGGGAGUGCAAAUGAUCAUGCGCAGAAAAAUGUUGAAGCUCAAGGGAUUCACAGAAGAAAAGGUCAAUAUGAUUAAGGAAGCCUGUUGCAAAAUCGCAUUGGCUUCCAGUUUUAUGACCGCACUGGAAGUUUCAGAUCAGAGAAAGCAAGUGUUCAAACUGAGCACUGGAAGUAAAAAUCUAGACAAAUUGUUGAAUGGUGGUAUCGAAUCUAUGUCCAUAACGGAGGUUUUCGGUGAGUUUCGGACUGGAAAAACUCAACUUGCUCAUACGUUGUGUGUUACCGCCCAGAUGCCUGGACCCUUCGGUUAUAUUGGCGGAAAGGUCAUGUUUAUUGACAGUGAACAUACUUUCCGUCCUGACAGAUUGCGAUCAAUCGCAGACAGAUACGAUUUGGAUCAGAACGCAGUGCUGGAAAACAUUCUUUAUGCCAGAGCUUACAACUCGGAACACCAGUUCGAAUUACUCGACAGCGUGUCUGCAAAAUUCCACGAAGAGGCAGGUAUAUUCAAGCUGCUGAUUAUGGAUUCGGUGAUGUCCCUGUUCCGCGUCGACUUCGCCGGUCGCGGUGAAAUCGCCGAUCGACAGCAAAAGCUGGGCCAAAUGAUGUCGCGUUUGCAGAAAAUCAGCGAGGAGUACAACGUGGCCGUGUUCGUCACUAAUCAAGUGACCACCGACUUCAAUCCAGAAAACGUCGAUGAAGGUCCUAAACCCAUUGGAGGUACCAUUUUGGGUCACGCCUCCACUACCCGAUUGUCGUUGAGGAGGGUUAAGGGUAAUAAAAGGAUUGCUAAAAUUUAUGACAGUCCCGAUUUGGAAGAAAAGGAAGUUAUGUACGUAAUAACAAGUGGUGGAAUUGAUGAUCCUAAGGAAUAAGUUUUAAUAAUUUAUGCUCUAAGAAAACUUAAUUUUAAGAAAAAUAUAUUUUUCCUAUUGUAAAAACUACAACAUCAAUAAUACUGUAACAUUUAA